AUGCAGACUGCUUCUACAAACAUUUGUGAAAGAAUGGGUCGCUCUCAGGAGCUCAAUGAAUUCAAGCGUGGUACCGUGAUAGGUUGCCACCUGUGCAAUAAGUCCAUCCGUGAAAUUUCCUUGCUACUAAAUAUUUCACAGUCAACUGUUAGUGAUAUUGUAACAAAGUGGAAGCAACUGGGAACAACAGCAACUCAGCCAUGAAGUGGUAGGCCACGUAACAUGACAGAUCGAGGUCAGCGCAUGCUGAAGCACACAGUGCACUAAAGUUGUCAAUUGUCUGCAGAGUCAAUAGCUAAAGACCUCCAAACUUCAUGUGGCCUUCAGAUUAGCACAACAACAGUGCAUAGAGAGCUUCAUGGAAUGGGGGUCCCUUCCUAUUCCAACAUGACUGCGCACCAGUG